AUGCCUUUCGAAUCUCAGUUUCCCAGUCUACCACUUCCCGAUGUUGACCUUUGGGAAUUUCUGUUCGAAAGGAAAGAUAAGGGCUUUGCUGACGACAAAGUAAUCUACUUUGAUCCAUACACCAAGCGCUCAUACACAUAUGCUCAAGUAAGGAACACAGCUAUCGAAUUCGGUAAGGGCCUCAAGGGGCUAUGGGACUGGCAGAAGAAUGAUGUUCUAGCACUCUACACACCGAACUGUAUUGACACACCAGCAAUAACAUGGGGGUGCCACUGGGCGGGGGGCGUUCUGAGCCCUGCCAACCCUAAUUAUACAGUCGAAGAGCUUGCUUUCCAAUUGAAGGACUCGGGUGCGAAGGCUGUCGUAACCCAGCUGCCGUACGUCAAAAAUGCGCAAGAAGCAGCAAAGCAAGUCGGUAUCCCUCUUGACAAAGUCAUCAUUAUGGGCGACCAGAAAGAUCCGUCGUACAGAGUUAAACACUUCACCAGCAUCGUCAAUACCAUAGGAUCGGCCAAAUGGCGACGUACGAAGGCAAAGAACCCUGCAGAAGACCUUGCCUUUUUGGUGUACUCGUCUGGAACCACUGGUCACCCAAAGGGUGUCAUGCUGACGCAUCGCAACAUUGUCGCGAAUACAAUAAUGCUUAAGGUCGCCGAGGCAGGCAAUCUAAAGCCUAGUGGGGGACCUACUGGCGAAGGAGACAAAUUGUUGGCUUUCCUACCUUUCUUCCACAUCUACGGUCUCACGUGCAUGAUUCAUCAGAGUCUGCACUCUGGCCUUCAACUGGUUGUGAUGCCCAAAUUCGAUCUUGAAGACUUUUGCCGGUUCAUCCAAGAGCUCAAGAUCACGUUCGCAUACGUUGUCCCGCCUGUUGUCCUACUUCUCGGCAAGCACCCAGUGGUGGAGAAGUACGAUCUAAGCACAAUACGCAUGAUGAACUCUGGAGCUGCUCCAUUGACAAGAGAACUAGUGGAUGCAGUGAAUAAGAGACUUGGCAUACCUAUCAAGCAAGGAUACGGCCUUUCGGAGACAAGUCCCACUACCCACACCCAGCCUUGGGAGGACUGGAACAAGACUAUUGGGUCAGUUGGCACGCUUCUUCCAUUCCAGACAGCGAAAUAUAUGUCGCCUGAGGAGAAGGAGCUGCCCACGGGUGAAGUUGGUGAGCUUUGGAUCAAGGGGCCGAACGUGUUCAAGGGGUACCUGAACAACCCUGAAGGCACUGCGAACGCUUUGACCUCAGACGGCUACUUCAAGACGGGUGAUGUCGGCUACCAGGACAAGGACGGCAACUUCUACAUCACCGAUCGUGUCAAGGAGCUCAUCAAGUACAAGGGCUUCCAGGUGCCGCCUGCAGAGCUUGAGGGUAUACUGGUAUCUCAUCCAAACAUCACAGAUGUGGCUGUCAUAGGUGUGUACGACAAGGAUCAAGCGAGUGAAAUCCCAAGGGCGUAUGUUGUACCCAAGGACGGUCUGGGCAAGGGGGAGAAGGAGGCGAAAGAGAUUGUCGAUUGGCUGGGUGCAAAGGUUGCGCACCACAAGAAGCUGAGAGGUGGCGUGCGAUUCGUUGAUGAGAUCCCAAAAUCGACGACAGGAAAGAUUUUGAGACGCCUGCUGAAGGUAAAGGCUCAAGAAGAGGAGGACAGCAAGGCCAAGGCAAGGCUAUAG